AUGGCAUAUGAAGAGCAAAAUAGAGCUACUCUUGCUGAAACGGAGGCAAAGGAAAAAUUACUUCAGGAUGCCCAACAAAUUCUAGAGAAAGAAAAGAUGUUGGCUACGGAAGAAGUUAAUAAGGCCCUAUGUGACAGAUCUCAGAUGUCAGUUGUUGACAUGAAAAAUUCAAAAGAAAAAGAGAUAAAUAAAGAAAAACCUAUCUUCGGACAAAGCUUAAUUUUAGGUGAUCGUGACAAAGAAGAGCAUAUGUUUCAAUCACAGCCUGGUCGCAGCCACAAGAAGCUUAGGCAGAUACUGCUGUCCUAUGAAUUGUCAAUGGACUCCAUUAACGAUCCUUUUCGAAGACAGAGGUUAAUGAGUGCAGCCACUGUUAUUACCGAUAAUUUGCAAGAACUGCAAGAGUCAAAACUGAAAUGUCCUCCAUUACUGAAACGUUUUGCUCAGAAGUAUCUAAUUUGGAAUUGUUGUCCAUUCUGGAGAGCAGUCAAAGAGAAGGUGAAAUUGGUAAUUUUGGAUCCAUUUGUUGAUCUCUUAAUCAUGGUUUGCAUUAUCGUGAAUACCUUAUUCAUGGCUCUGGAGUACCCUGGCAUGCGAUACAUUUACCAACAAAUGAUUUUUGUAAGUGACAAGGUCUUCACCCUGAUUUUUACAGCAGAAAUGGUCUUGAAAAUCAUUGCUUUAGAUCCCUACAACUAUUUUCAGCAAAAAUGGAAUAUUUUUGAUAGCAUAGUUGUUAUGAUUGGCCUAAUAAGCUUUAAAGAAAAUCUGUCAUCUUUCAGGCUGCUCAGGAUCUUCAAAUUGGCAAAGUCCUGGCCAGCCUUAAAUACACUUAUGAAAAUUAUUCUGAACUCAGUUGGUGCUCUGGGUAACCUCACCCUGGUUUUGAUUAUCACUGUAUUUAUUUUUGCUGUAGUGGGAAAGCAGGUUUUGGGCAGCUAUUAUGAGAAUAAUUUCUCUAAAAUAAGCACCAGUGAGGAUUUACGUUGGCACAUGAAAGAUUUUUGCCAUUCAUUCCUGAUUAUAUUCCGAAUAUUAUGUGGAGAAUGGAUUGAAACCAUGUGGGAAUGUAUGGAAGUGGCUGGAAAAGGGCUAUGUCUUCCCAUUUUCUUACUAGUCCUGGUGAUAGGAAACCUGGUGGUGCUCAACCUAUUCAUCGCCUUGCUGCUGAGUUCAUUCAGCACUGACCCCUCAAUGGGACAAGAGGAAACUGGACAAAUGACUAAAAGUCAGAUUGCCAUUGCACGGAUUCACAAGGGCCUGAAGUCUUUGAAAGACAGAAUUUUGGAUCGUUGUAACAAAAGAAUGAAACGAAGCCUCAAAACAACAGCCAGAAAGAAGACUCUGGUGAAAAUUUCUGCCAAAGACUUAGAGGAAAAUAACUAUGCCAUGACAGAUGUCAGAAAGGAUAAAGACAAGAAUUGCUUUGACAUUGGGUAUUACAAUACUGAAGAGAGUUCCUCAAUAACAAGGAAAUAUGAAGAAUUUUUAACCAGUCAUAGUAUCUGUGUUCCCAUUGCAGUAGCAGAGACUUAUACUGAUGAGGGUGAUGAUGAGCACAGUGUGUGCCCAGAGACAGAAUACAGAAAAGAGAAUGACCGUCAAGAAGGAAAAUAUGGAAAAUCAACUGUUUUGCAUUAUUUCAUGCAGGGAGGCAGAUUAAGACAUAGAGAGCAGUGCCGGAGUUCAAGUGGCUUCGGUCAGAUUUCUGAGACUUCUGAAACUGUAAGUGGUUCAGAAACACAAAAGAAAGAACAAAAAGAGAAAUAUGAUGCUGGUAGCUAUUCUGACGCCAGCACUGUGGAUCCAGUUAUUCUUUCAGAGAUGUUUCCCAAGCCUAAAGUGUCACACCUACCUAAGGACUGUUUUGCAGAAAGUUGUGUUGAAUGUUUCCCAUGUUGUGUAGUGGAUAUCACUAAGUUUCCAGGCAGAACUUGGUGGAAUUUUAGAAAAACCUGCUACAGAAUUGUUAAACAUAGCUGGUUUGAAAAUUUUAUAAUUUUUAUUAUAAUAUUGAGCAGCGCAGCACUGGCAUUCGAAGACAUUCACCUGCAGGAGAGAAAAAAGGUGAAAAUACUCCUCGAGUAUGCUGAUAAAAUAUUUACCUACAUCUUUUUUAUGGAGAUGCUUCUAAAAUGGGUAGCUUAUGGUUUACACAGUUAUUUCACAAAUGCCUGGUGUUGGCUUGACUUCAUAAUUGUAUGUCUGUCAUUUGUUUCCUGGGGACUAAAUACUCCUUCCGAAGCCACAUCACUCUGUUCCUCUGGGAGUGCCCUGAAAUCUCUCAGGACCCUGAGGGCAUUGAGGCCUCUACGAGCUUUGUCAAGAUUUGAAGGGAUAAAGGUUGUUGUGAAUGCACUCUUGGGAGCCAUCCCCUCAAUCUUGAACGUUAUGCUCGUCUGUAUAGUCUUCUGGCUCCUAUUUAACAUUGCAGGAGUAAAAUUACUUGGAAAAAAAUUUUCAAAAUGCAUACUCAAAAAAGGAAAUAUCAGUGUAAUUGAUAACAGACAAAACUGUACUUUCUAUAAUGGAACAUGGACAAAUAAUGAUGUGAACUUUGAUAAUGUUGGGAUGGGAUACUUGGCUCUUCUCCAAGUGGCAACUUUUAAAGGUUGGAUGGAUAUUAUGUAUGCAGCAGUGGAUUCACGUAAGAUAGAUGAACAGCCAAAGUUUGAAGCAUUCUUAGCCAUGUAUAUGUAUUUUGUGAUUUUCAUUAUUUUUGGAUCUUUCUUCAUGCUGAACCUUUUUAUUGGAGUGGUAAUCAGCAAUUUUAACCAACAAAGGAAAAAGAUAAGUGGAAAAGAUCUAUUUUUGACUGAGGAACAGAAAAAGUACUAUAAUGCCCUAAAAAAACUUGGAUCCAAGAAACCUCAGAAACCCAUCCCAAGACCAUUGAACGUGUUCCAAGGAUUACUGUUCGACAUAGUAUCGCACAAAGCGUUUGACAUUACCAUUGUGACUUUCAUCUGUCUAAAUAUGGUCGUUAUGAUGGCAGAAAAUAGCCAGAACAGCAGCAAGGAUGUUCUUAAUAAAAUCAACUUCUUUUUUGUGGCAGUAUUUACUGGGGAAUGUGUCAUAAAAAUACUAGCCCUAAGGCAUUACUUCUUCACCAGUGGCUGGAACAUAUUUGAUUUAACUGUUGUGGUCCUUUCACUAGUUAGUAUUGGAAUUUCUGAAGGAUUUCGAACUUUGUUCUCUCCUACACUUUUGAGAAUUUUUCGUUUGGCACGAAUUGGCCGAAUCCUGAGGUUAAUUCGAAAAGCUAGAGGAAUUCGAACACUUCUUUUUGCAUUACUAAUGUCUCUUCCUGCACUGUUCAACAUUGGUCUUUUGCUUUUUCUGGUUAUGUUCAUUUAUGCCAUUGUGGGCAUGACAAACUUUGCCUGUCUCGGCUGGGAAGGUGGGAUUGAUAACCUUUUCAAUUUCCAAACCUUUGCUAACAGCAUGCUCUGUCUCUUCCAAAUCACAACAUCAGCUGGCUGGGAUGGUCUUUUGGUCCCUCUGUUAAAAGGGUCUGAUUCCUGUGCUCCCAACUUAAAUUUAACAGAUGAACAGAAAAAAAAUUGCACGAAUAAAGGGGUCGGUAUUUUAUUUUUUGUAAGCUAUGUCAUUAUAUCGUUUCUCAUUGUUGUAAAUAUGUACAUAGCUGUCAUUUUAGAGAACUUCAGUGUUGCCACCGAAGAAAGCACGGAUCCUCUUUGUGAGGAUGACUUUGAUAUGUUUUAUGAGACCUGGGGAAAAUUUGAUCCUCAAGCAACACAGUUUAUUGAAUAUUCUGCUCUUUCAGACUUUGCAGAUGCUCUGGCAGAACCCUUACGCAUUCCAAAGCCUAACAAAAUUCAGCUCAUAUCCAUGGACCUCCCUAUAGUUAGUGGAGAUAAGAUUCACUGCUUGGAUAUCUUGCUUGCUUUCACUAAAAGGGUCUUGGGAGAAUCUGGGGAUUUGGAUGGUCUUGAAUUACAAAUGGAAGAAAAAUUUGUGGCUCCCAAUCCAUCUGAAGUUUCUUACAAGCCCAUUACUACUACCCUUAAAAGGAAACAAGAGGAGGUGUCCGCUCUUGUUAUUCAAAGGGCUUUCAGGAGGUAUUUGACACUGCGUUCUUUUAAGAAGUCGUCUUUCUUAUACCAUCAUAAACAUUAUAAUAGCGCUGUCUUUGAAGGAGAAACACGUGAGAGGCAAAAUCUUAUUGUGUCAAUGCGUAAUGAAAAUAAUGGUAGGCAGCUAGAUAUGUCACGGACUACAUCUUCCAUAUCUCUCCCUUUAUUUUAUGAUGGUAUUGCUGAAACAGAUAGCGAUAACAUGGACACAUAA